GUUGCACCUCGAAGCCUACAAGAAUAUGACCACAAGCUAAUUGGGAUAGACACUAUGCUCGAGAAGCUGCUGGAUGGUGGUUAUUUGCCUACGUCUGUCAUUCGCGCUGGUAUUCGCCAGCAGCUGCGCCAGCGAUUGUCAUCUAUCGCGUCGACAUCAAAUGCUUCUGCUUACGACACCAAGAUGAAGUAUGUCGAGCUGCUGCGCGAGAGACCAAUUGCGAUCGAGACCGCAAAAGCAAACACACAACACUAUGAAGUCGGUACUGGCGUGCUCACCAACAUGCUUGGCCCGAACAUGAAGUAUUCGUGCUGUCUCUAUGAAGGUCUCAAGCCCGGACAGGGCCUUGGUGAGGCAGAGCUUUUGAUGAUGGAAGACUAUGUCAAGAAGGCCGAUCUGAAAGACGGCAUGACUAUGUUCGACCUUGGGUUCCCAAACUCGAAAAUCACUGGCUUCUCCAACUCGCGCACGCAGAAGGAGUACAUUGACUCGCAAGCCAACAAGCGAGGUUUGAGCAACCUGACAAUUGUCACGGGAGAUAUUGCUACAUAUGAGUUCCAAGCACCGCUGACAGAGUCAUUCGAUCGUGUAUUGUCGAUAGAGCUGUUUGAGCACAUGAAGAACUAUCAACUUCUGCUCCGCAAGGUGUCGAGUCUGCUCAAAUCGGGUGGCAAGCUGUUCGUACAUAUCUUUGCACACAAGGACAGCCCCUAUGACUUUGAGGAUGGAUGGAUGACAGAGCACUUCUUCACGGGUGGCACAAUGCCUAGCGCAGACUUGUUGCUUUGGUUCCAGGACGAUUUGAGAUGCCAGCGCAUGUGGUGGGUCAAUGGCAAGAACUACGCGCAGACUUGUGAGGACUGGCUCUCGACCAUGAACAGGAACAGACAAGCGCUCUGGCCGCACUUGGAGGAGACGUAUGGCAAGGACAAGACUCUAACGUGGUUCCACCGAUGGCAGAUCUUCUACCUCGCAUGCGCCGAGUUGUUCGCGUAUAAUGGUGGAGAGGAAUGGGGCGUGUGCCAUUACUUGUUUGAGAAGCCAUAG